AGCUUUAUCGUUCAACUAUGCAGUAGGAAUUAAGCGUUUCAAGACCGACAACUAUGACUCUUCUAACCGAGGACCAGCCUUGCAGGUUCUCCGCACCGGACAGCCCACUCGCAUCCAUGGAGCACUACCCAGUGGACUCAGGGCCAAAAGAGGACUAUUUGGACUGCAUGGAACCAGCUGUGUUUGGAGCGGUGGAGCCCCCGAAGCACUCAAGAGGAAGGCUUAUCAUGCACGGCAUGGUCAUGUUUGGAAGGGAAUUCUACUAUGCCGUUGAGGCUGCGUUUGUUACGCCGGUGUUGUUGAGCGUUGGACUCCCCAGACAUCUGUACAGCCUGGUGUGGCUCAUCAGCCCUGUUUUGGGUUUUAUCCUACAGCCGGUCAUUGGCUCCACAAGCGACUACUGUAGGUCCCCAUGGGGCCGAAGGCGACCGUACAUACUCUUCCUCAGGAUUAUAAUGUUAGUGGGCCUGACUUUUUUUCUAAAUGGAGAUGCGGUCACAUCAGUGCCUUAUCUGACUUUUGAAGAAGCAUUUUGGUUUUUACAAAUAGAGCACAUCCCACCGAACCUUUCAGUUGUGUUUGAUUUUCUGAGCUUGAUUUUUUUUCAAAGCAGUCUGCUGUGUUUCCUUGCAGGUUUAGGUGGAGCCUGUGGAUACCUGAUUGGAGCCAUGGACUGGGGUCACUCUGCUCUUGGUGUCAUACUGGGUUCAGAAUACCAAGUUAUCUAUUUUUUCUCAUCACUGACCUGGGGCAUUUUUCUCACCAUGCACCUUUUCAGCAUCCCAGAGAAACCACUAAUCAAAGAUCACAGUUCGGACUCUUGUCCAGCCACGGCUCUGCUCCUGGAGAACACACAUCAUAACGGCUACGGCGCAGUAUACAAAGUAUACAUAUUUUCUGCCCUGAGUGAAGCCAAUGCAGUCACACCCAGUAUCAAGCAGCCUAGCAGCGAGGUACAGAAGAGAAUGACCCUGAAAUCUCUACUGUCAGCUGUGAUUAGCAUGCCCUGCCAUUACCGCUGUCUGUGUGUGAGUCAUCUGUUAGGCUGGACGGCCUUCCUUUGCAACAUGCUCUUCUUCACUGACUUCAUGGGGCAGAUUGUAUAUAAGGGGAACCCCUAUGCUGAACACAAUUCCACCUCCUAUGCGACGUAUGAGAGAGGGGUUGAAGUGGGAUGCUGGGGCCUGUGCAUCAACGCUGUCUCCUCUGCGCUCUAUUCAUAUGUGCAGAGGCUGCUCCUGCCAUAUAUUGGCCUGAAGGGACUGUACUUCCUUGGCUACUUUGUGUUUGGUUUGGGAACCGGUUUGAUCGGCCUGUUUCCAAACAUUGUGGCCCCACUGACGCUGUGCAGUGUAUUUGGAGUCAUGUCCAGCACUCUCUACACCAGGGAGGUGCAAAGGAAAUUGGGCAGUGAUGAACCAGCUCUUGAGGGCCGUGGCACUGGCAUGGACUGCGCAGCUCUUACCUGCAUGGUGCAGCUAGGUCAGGUCAUAGUGGGAGCUGGUCUUGGAGCCCUGGUCAAUCUAGCAGGCAAUUAA